AUUUGCUGUCCAGGCCGUUGCAGACACUGCGCGCGCACGAGCUCACAUCCAUCGUUAUCGUCGCUUGCCAUUUUACCCUGUCGCUAAGGAUGCAGAGCCAGCGACUAGCCGCAUCAAAAGGCUGUGCACUUCGCACAUCUGCAGCGCGAUGCCGUCGCGCUCUUUGCGCGCGCGCGAGCUCUGCUGCGCACGCCCCCACUGUUGCUCGCCCUCAAGCAAAGUACGCGCGCGAGAUGGCAAGCGCGAAGGAGGCAGUGCGUUUGGCAUCUCGCCUCUGCCAGGAGGUGCAAAGGCAGCUCAGCGCGGAGGAGCGGGUAGACAAGAAGGACGACUCGCCCGUCACCGUCGCCGAUUACGGCGCGCAGGUGGUUGUGGCCUGGACGCUGCAGCGCGCCGACCCCUCCACCCGCCUGUCCAUGGUGGCUGAGGAGGACAGCACCGAGCUGCGCACGCCGGCGGGCCGCCCUAUGCUGGACCGCAUCACCGCGCUGGUCAACAGCGUGGUGGCGGCCGCGGCGCCUGGUGAAGUGCUGAGCCCGGAGCAGGUGCUGGACAUCAUCGACCUGGGCGCCUCCCAGGGCGGCCCCAGCGGUCGGCACUGGGUGCUGGACCCCAUUGACGGCACGCGCGGCUUCGUCGGCAUGCGCCAGUACUCGGUGUGCCUGGGUAUGUUGCAGGACGGCGAGGUGGUGCUGGGCGUGCUGGGCUGCCCCAACCUGCCGCAGGGGCCCGUAGGCGACGAUGACGGCGCCACUGGCUCGGCUCAGCGGCUCAGCGGCGACGCGGACGUGGGCUGCCUUUUCUUUUCGGAGCGGGGGCAGGGCGCCUGGGUGGAGCCGCUACAGAACGCUGGCGACGCGGCGCCGGCGCAGGUCCGCGUGGCGGAGGUGACGGAAGGCGCGGAGGCUCGGUUCAUGGAGAGCGUGGAGAGCCGCCACUCCAGCCACAGCAUCAACGCGGCGCUGGCCCGGGAGCUGGGCGUGGUGCGGCCGCCUCUGCGAAUGGACUCGCAGGUCAAGUACGGGUUGUUGUCGCGCGGCUGCGGCACCAUUUUCAUGCGCUUCCCGCCCGCCACCUACAAGGAAAAGAUCUGGGACCACGCCGCCGGCUUCGUCAUCGUGGAGGAGGCGGGAGGACGCGUGACGGACGCCGCUGGUGUGCGCCUGGACUUCAGCAAAGGGCGCUUCCUUGCCCUGGACCGGGGCAUCAUCGCGGCGCCACCGGCGCUGCAUGAGAAGCUGGUGGCUGCGGCGGCCAAGGUGGCGCCCAAGGCGUGAGCAGCAGGCUCGGAGGGGUUCAAACACAGUUAGACAACCCUCAGUUACUGCCCCGAAUUACAGCUCUCAGUUAUUCCGCCUGGCAAAGCUGCCGCAACAGUUUCGCUGGCCAUAGUGCGGGAUGGUUACGGGGGAGGGGGGUUGCGAAGGGGGGAUGCUGGUCAUUGGGAGCGCGAAUGUAAGUUAUUCCGAGGGCGCUGCGCCUGACGUAGACAACUUAGAGAACUUAGAGAAGGUCACAAGGGUGAUAUGCUUGACAUGGUACUGUAGAUGAUGUGUCGGGCAGGUGAGCUUCCUUUCCUCACGUCAGUCCUCACGUGCAGAGAUGUGAUGCACGGAGUGUAAUAGACCAUCAGGAGUGGGCAGGUCGGACUGUCGGAGAGCGGUUAGGGUUAUGGUUGUGCAGGUAUGGACGUAUGGUGUACAUCGUACUGACACCGCGCGGGCGCGUGGCCCGCUGGGCCGAUGCACGCCAGCAGUAGCAAGGGCAGCUUUGCGGGGCGCUUAUGAAAGGUAACGUGCAACUGCUGUCGCUGCUUGUCCCACGCUUGCUGUCCUGCUGUGCCAGCCUCCAGGCCUCUCCAGGCUUGUGCUCGCUUGCUUUCUCGGUUUCGCAUUGUUAUCGUGAAAGCAUCGUCGAUUCGUAAUUGUGACCCAUGUGCAGCAACCGAGCAACUUAACGUGUGAACUGAGACGUGUGGCAGUAGCAGUGACCUGAAGGUGUUGCACGUGGUUGCCGUGUCCGGGCUUCAAGUGAACGGGUGCAAAUGCGUCCAGCAAGACCUUGAGCACGGCAGCGCCAGGCGUCGCCAGGUGCCGUGGAGAGGCGUCGAAAUGGUGCCCU